AUGGCUUGGCCGUAUAGAGGAUAUAAUAGAAUCAUUAAUACUUACCAACAAUACUAUGCUGCUCCAUGCUUGAAUAGUUAUAGCACAUUAAAAAGUGACAUUAAUGAAAAAAUUGAUCAUUUUUAUAAUGCGACGCAUGAAAAUAUCUACAAGGAAUGGCAACAAUUAUAUAAAUAUAUAAAUGAAAAAAAUGCUUCAAUAAAGCAUUGUAUUGUCAAUGGAUAUAUAAAAAGUGAUCUUAAUGAAGAUGAUAAAAUAAAAAAUUUUAGAAGUAUAUGUGAUAAUAAAGGUAACUGUCGUAUUAAUGUAGAAUCUAAUGUUAAUACAAAUCCGCCAUUAAAAAGAACAGGUAGAGUUGAACCCUGUAAAGGAGGUACAAAUUGUAAGACAGAAAAAGUAAAAACAAAAGAAACAGCAGGAAAAGCCAAAUUACGAUCAAAAUUGGACGGCCAAUCCUCAAAAGCAGUUAGUUUACAAAUACCAAGAGCACAAAGUACAAGUCAAGAACAUGCUGGUGGAGAAGAAUCUAAUAAACAAAGCGAAGCUUUACCUGCUCAAUCAGAUGUAAUGACUCUCCCUAAUUCUAUUAAAAGCGAAGAUCAUGAACCAAAAUCUGUAACGAAUAAAGAGACUAGUGUAUCUGUACAAGGACGUACUUCCACACAAGCUUUGCCUAACACAGGGGAUACACCAUCUAGAGAAUUAAAUCCCCAAGCAAAAGAUUUUCCAUCACAAAGCAGUUCCGCUGGGGAAUCUGAUGAAGGGGGUACAUUACAAGUAAAUAAUCCAGGUAAAAGUCUUCUUCAAAGUAAUUUAUCUGAUGAUCAAACUUUAGAUGUUAAUCACCGUAAUAUGCAAACACAUCAAGUUGGAGAUGUUGAAAAACAGGAUCAUAAGCAUCAAAUCGAUGCUACAGAACGUUCUGAUAGAGUAUCUUCGCUUGAAAGGGCUUCUGCUUCUGGAAAACUAGAUAAUGAAGGUUCUGUUGAUGGAGAUAAUAAUAGACAAGACAAUAAUGUUGUAGCACAUGUCCUCGAACCUUCUAGUCAAUUAUAUACUCAGAACGAAGGCGUUGUUAGUGCAUCAACCGUAGUUGUAUCUUCUGGUGAUGCAAGUCUUAGUCCUAAAACAUAUGGUGAUGGUGUUCCUGGUGCAGUCAAUGGUAAAGAAAUACAAAAUGGUCAAGAACGUGAUAGUGAACAUUUAUGUAAUGAAAUUUCUUGCAGUGCAGAAAAGGAUGGUGAAUUAACUGAUGCUAAAUUAGAUAUACUUGCUCAAAUUUCCAAUGUAAUAAAAAGUAACCCACAAAUCAUAAAAACUUCAAUGCCCAUAGGAAUUGCUCUGUUAUUGGGCCUUCUUUUUAAAUACACUCCUUUGUGGAGGGUUCUUACUAAAAAGAAUAGGAAGAAAGGAGCGGGUAUCAAUGAAGAAUUGAAUAGCGUACUGCAAGGACCUUCAAUUAUGGAUGAAGAAACAAGUAUCCCGUUUUCAUAUGGUGCCUUUGAAUAUUCAUCAUUUGAUCAAAAUUCAUAUUAA